AGUUUUUGUGUCAAGGCCAAUUGAUUCCUCCGCACAGCCCGAACGGCUCAGUUGUAAGCGCGCAGCAACUCUUCGUGGUCAGCUUCUCCCAGUCGUUAAUUCCGGCGUCAGGCAUGGCUCAUCUGGACAAGCUGAGUACUAAGGAGUUAGAGGACAUCCUCUGCCAGCUCUGCACCGAUGAGAACAUCAAAGUUGCAGCCUCGGGAGACGAUGACGCCAAGAAGAACCUCGCGAAGAGCGCCGGUUCAGCUAUCGGUGGCAAGAUGCUCAACAAGCUGGGCGGAUUUGGGAGCAUGUUUGGCGGUGGGUCCAAGGACGGCAAGGACAGCAAGGACAGUGGCAGCAGUGGAAAGGAGGCGGAGAUGCGCCCGGCCGCCGACGUGAUCCGAGAGCUGCCCGAUAAGGAGAAGGACAACCUGGCUGACACCAUACAGAGCACCAUCUCCAAAUUUGGAGAUUUCAAGGACCCACAGGCGCUGCUGAAGCUCAUCACUGAGAACGCAAUGGUCAAGCAGCUCAUCACUAGCGCUGUCAAAAAUUUCCUGGGCAACUUCCUCAAGACUGCUGGCGGAGGUGCCGCCUGAGCUCUGGGCUGCAGUUGUUCUCAGCCUCCUGCUCCAUUCCCCUUACCCUGACCCUUUGCUCCCCAAGGGGGCAUGAUAGCUCCGCUUGUUGGUGUUGUCUCCUCAUGGCUCGCUCUGUAGCAGCUGCUUUCCGAACCGCCUCCUCCUUGUCUUGAUAGCCCAAAGCUGCCGCACUGCCUUUCCCCAAGGCAGUGUUGCCAGGCUCAGGAAAAAAUUAUUCCAUGAGAUGCCACCGAGCUUGCUUCAAGAAGUUGCAGAUUUGCUCGUGUCCUGUGAUGUAGGCGUGUGCACUCUUUUUCGUCCACAUCUUUUAAUUUUCCUAAUGCUGUGCAGAUUUCCUUGUGAAAUAUGGGCAUGUUCUACCCUGGCUGAUUGAAAUGUGGUUACUCUUGUACCAUUGUCUGAGAUACCAUGAGAUUGCCAUUGUUCUAAGGGGCAAAAAGGUCCGAUUCAUUCACAAUACAUUGGACAUUUGAAUCCUGUGAUCCUUCACUAACUUGCAUUGUUUGUGAGAAUGUCUAUGAGAAAAAAAUUUUCGAAUGUUGCAUUUCACGAACAUCUUGGAGGCCAAAAAAAAAAAAAAAAAAUCAAACAAUGUGAAAAGAGGCAAGAAAAUAAAGUCUCCCCUCAGGAUGAGCAUAUUUGGUAUGCAAGGGACAUUAUUGGGUGAGCAGAACAGAGAAAACAGUGUAGGUAAGUGGAGUUCGCCAGCAAACUUGAAAAUAGCUUAUGCUUCUGCAUGUCCAAGCUUUAAUGGCUACAGUCCUUUGUUUUGCUUAAACCAGGGUGAGCUAUGGAAUACUGUGUUGGGAUUAAAGUUUACAAUUUAUCUGGGCAUUGUAGCAAAGCAGUAUGUGUUCCUUUUCAUUUAUGAUCAUGAACCAGGGCUGUAUUUUCUAAUGAUCCAUUUCAUUUUCCAUUCUUUUCAGUUGUUGAUUAUUAGCUUGGACACCGCAGCACCACUAUUAUCACUGGGUUUGGUCACUUGUCAUGAAGACUGAUAAGAAUGUAGAAUGAAAUGGAGCAUUACAAAAUACAAGUUCUGAUGGUAUUUUUCGUGACCUGCACUUCACUCCUGCAAAGAAAUCAAGCUUAUGUAUACAUAUAUAUAUAUAUAUAUAUAUAUAUAUAUAUAUAUAUAUAUAUAUAUAUAACAGCAAAACCUAAAUUUGAAAAUACACUGAGAUAUCUCAGGGACUACUUCAACAAUGCUUUUAGUCAUGUAUGCUUGCGCCUGUAUACCUCAGAGGAGAUUGCCUUUUGGUUGGAACUGUUGCCCUGAGUUUCAUUGUUAUUGUUUCAUAUAUGCAGCAGUUUUAAGAGCGGGUUACAUCAUCCAAGUAAAGUUCAUCAGCCAUGUUGCACCCAUUUAAAAGCAAUACUUGUUUUACAUCUCAGUAAACUGUAGCAAAAAGAACAGCUUAUUCUAAGGACAUGACAGCCUGCAACACUACAGCCACGAGUACCAAAAGCUAUUUUUGCUGAACCGUUUGCCACUGUAAGAAAGCCUUAACGAAUGCAAGAAUCAUAGUAGUAUUUGAUAACUGUAAACUGCCAGAUAACAUGGCCUUUCUUUUUGUUGAUAUUUAUUUUCCUUGUAUUGCUUUCAAACAGCCUCUUCUUCAAUGGAUACACUGCCAUUGUUUGUGUUGAAGAGGAGUGAGCAGUUGCACAUUUUUCUUAACAGAAUGUGGUGAAAUUUGACCGCCCAUUUUAGUUUAAAUGCCUUUUAUGUAUAGCAUAAGCAUUGUUUAUUUCGUGCUGUUAGCAAUUGAAGCAUGGAAAAAAGAAAUACUUUAUAUGCAGUUAAUUUUAUACAAGAAAGGCUUGAGAGUACUUGAGGCACUAAGCAGUGUACAAUCAUGAAAGAUUACAUUUAUUUGGAGCCUAAUGUCGAUUACUAGUUAUAGUUUCUGGUUGUUGCUGCUCCAUGUGUUGAACAAGCUAUUUUUGUUUUGUUAAUUAGAUAUGUUUAUUACGCAGGACUGCGUUAUAUAUACAUAUACACAAAAAUGUAUACUGGCUUUAUGUAUACACCAUGUGCUGUUACAUUCUGCAGCUAUUGUGAGCACUCAAAUAAAAUGUCUACAUAAAUGCAA